AUGCAGACAUAUCUGGACCAUGAAGUGAUUCAGAGGUCUCGGGGACUGGUUCCCGGAACGAGGUCGAAACGUGGCAUGGCGAGCAGAGUUUGGGCACCCGAGGAGAGAAUUAAGCAUCUUGGGAUCUCUGGAGCUCGAGUCGAGCUUGAGUCCCUGACGCUGGAGUCAACCCAGACGCAGCCCAGGACGCGGUUGCCCCGGGGCUCCCUGGCUCGCCGUCACGAACAAAGCUCGCACAUGUGGUCCAUAACGGCGGGGGUGGUGCCUGCGGUUAGCUCCGCUCGGCGGUACUCAGUGGAGGAUUUUGAUGGAGCUUGGCAUGAGCGGGCGGAUGCCGGGCACGUCUCCAGGAGCCAGACAAAUGGCUCCGCAAGCCGCAAGCUGCACGCCGCACGCGCAACGAAAGACGAGACAGGAAGACAGACAGACACUGGACGUCCUGACAAGACUGGACAGAAACUGGACUGGGCAGGUCAGGACAAGACCGGCAGCCGAUCCCGACGGUCUUCGAGCAGACAUCGGACACGGAGUGAAAAACUUAAGCAGCAACCAACACCUUCAUGCGCUAGCGACGAUCAACAAGACAACCCCCCGACGCCAUCCCACCAGCCAGCUACCGACACCUCGACUGAUGAGGCGAGGACAGACGAGACGCUACCUCCGCUACGCUAUUCGUACAUACACUUCCUCCUCCGUACCCUACAUUCCGCGAGAAAUGCUGCGAGCAGAGCAGGCUCUGCAGAAGUGAAGGCCGAGUCACCAGGCGCGACCACUACCCCCGCCACUACCAAGAGCCAGCAGCAGCACCACCAACAACAAUCAGCGCCGCCAAAGAGGACCGUAUGCGAUCACUGUCGAAGGAGAAGAAUCCGUUGCGAUGGCAAGUUCCCUUGUGAGCAAUGCGUGCACGCUUCACUCACCUGCAAGCGCGAGCAUGUCCCUAAGAAAAGAGGACCGAAGCGUGGCCAUGGACGGGUCAUAAAUGAGUUACGCGCCCGGGAGUCGUCCCAAGGAAAGCAGCAACCAAAAGUCCAGAAACCUUUCAAUGCAGAAACUGCGCUCGAGAGUCCUACAGAGUAUGUGCGGCGUCGAUUAUCAGCAGCUUGCCCGCCGCUGAACCUAGACAGCGUCGACAUUGGGAUGAGCGGUAGCGACCUCGGCGAAGCGACAUCUCAACAUUCGUCCAACGCGUCCGCAGCAUCGACCCCUCCGAGCUUUUGGGCUGCCGUCACCUCGAACCCAGGACAUACCAAUGUACCGGAGCCCAGAGGCAUCUUCUCGAGCGAUGAACUACGACCGAGGACGAGGAGCUAUUUCCACAUGAUCCCCCAGCUGGUCGAGCUGUACUACGAGCACAUUUACCCCAUCAUGCCUCUCAUCUACAUGCCGACCGUCCGCGAAACGAUCAACCGACCCAUGACGCCGAGCGAGAAGAACCUGAUUUACGCCCUUUGCGCCUUGACGUCGAUGCACAUGUCUGGUAAAAGCAUCGGCGCGCCUGGACCCACGUCUUGGGAAGUCGUCGGUCGCUUCUUCCUCGACGAGACCAUUUCGACGAGGCAGACGUACGACUUCCUCGAGGAUUUGUCCCUGUCCGCCGUGAUUUCGUCGUUUUACCUGAGCACAUCCUUCUUUGAAAUCAACCAAUCGCGCAAAUCGUGGUACUAUCUCCGGGAAGCGUUGACCAACGCACAGGACCUAGGACUCCAGGACGAUUCAACAUAUUACGGGCUGAGUCGCGAGGAAACGCUAUGCCGACAGAGGGUCUUCUGGAUUCUCUUCGUAACGGAAAGGUCUUUUGCGAUUCUCCGCAACAAGCCAAUUACGUUCAAAAGAACACCGUCGCUACCAACAACACGGCAACCCUACGAAGGCCCCGAUAUUCAUGCCGGUUUUCUGCAGCUUGUUUCAUCCUACACUCCUCUGGACGAAUCGUUCGUGACGGCUUGGAAUGAGGGGUCUGAUCCCCGCGUCAGCGCAACAACGUUUUUGGCUUUGCAAAACCUUCUCUCCCUCCCUCCUGCGUUCCUCCGCCCACAUGGGCGAUCAUCACCACCAACCCAGCCUCAUGGGCAGCUAAUGGGUUCCUAUGGUUCAACGUCAGCCUCUAGAGAUGCUGGGGCACCAGAGCCGACAGACAUUCAGAAAGCCGAUUUGCUCAUCACACAACAAUGGCUUCGACUGAUCGUGUGGCAGUCGUCGAUGAGGCAAGGCCUUCUGAGCUGGACCAACCCGGCCGACUCAGGAGGUGGGGUAUCUUCGGGCAGCGGUGUCGGCGGUGGGAACAGCAUGUGUUUUUCGUUCCCUCUGACAGUUGCACGUGAUACGGCCUCGAUCUUAUCAAGCUUGCCUAGUAAAGCUGUCGAGGUUCACGGAAUGGGUAUCAUGGAGAAGAUCUUCGAAAUCGGAACCUGGUGCGUUAACGUCUUGGGGGCAUGCGAAAGUGUUGGCUUCUCAACCGCCAUGGACUUUACGUCAGGCGAUAUGGGUGUUCUGGGCAGCGGUCGAAAGGGGGCGAGUCUAGACCCUAUCGAGUUCUUUGUGCGUACACUGAGUGCGAGCGACAACUCCCGAAAACAGUUCGCAGAGAAGCUGCUCACCGCUGCCGGCGAGAACCCAGGAAGUAUGAGAACACAACUCAGCCCCGCCAUGUCUGGAAUGAGUUCAGCCGCCGCGGCGAUGAUUGCCGCAGGUCAGGCGCACCACAUGAUGGAGCAAGGCUGGGGACAAGUUGGACAACAAAGAGGGAGCGUUGUGGGCGAAGUCUUUGACGACAACGAAGAGAGCAAUGGCAACAACCAGCAGCAGCAGCAGCAGCAGCAGCAGCAACAACAACAACAACGGCUCGACCUCGGAAGCAACUCAAUGCACCAUCCUUCUACCAUACCAAGUAUGGGGUUGGGAAUCGACCUUGGGUCCGAUCGCUUGACGGGUGGUAUGGGUGGAGUCGACAUGGACGCAAGCAGUGUCGAUCUCAUGAGCCCAUUAGGCCUGACUCGAAGCAACACGUCCGAUAUGGCAGCGAUGGGCAUGCCCGUAUAUGAUACAGCCUGGAGCCCUAGCAGCGGUGGGACGGGGCCGCGCGAAUACCCAGAACAUAAUCCUGGACCUUACACCAAUCAACGUGAAGGGGCCCAAGGCUAUCCCGAUAUGGGGAACGGAAUAAUGAUGCAUGAUCGGAUGGCAACCGGUACCGGCGGUCCCGUGGGAGGCCCCGUUGGUGGGGAGAAUCCUGGUAUGGACCCGCGGCAGCAGCAGCAACAUCAAGGGGAUAAUGGCGGUUAUGACGGACGGAGACCGGAGGACAAGAACGGUGGAUACCCAAAUGGUGGCAGGGAUGUCUCCGCGAGUGUGGAGAAGUGCCGGCCGACGUGGGCCCCGGGUAUUCGGCAGCAGAGUGAAGGGCAUAACGUCUGCGUCGUGACGGCGCGGUUGCGGCUGCGGCCCGUGGAGGCGGGUGAUUUACGUGCUAUUCAUCGGAUGAGGUUGGAUUCUGAGGUUAUGCGGCCUGGCGUCGAGACCGUGGUUGUGGCGGAGGAGAGUCGACGGAGUAUCGAGAGGGUGCGACUCAUGAUGAAGGAAGGGGGGUUCUCAUUUGCUGUUAUGCAAAGAAAUUACCCGACAGAUGAACAGACUAAGAAAACCGAUAACGACACCGAAGCGAACGAGGUAACGGCGGAGGCAGCCGUGAUUGGAUUCAUCGGCAUCACGGGCCCGCCGCAGAUAUUCUACAUUUUCCAACGAGCGUCUUGGGGGAUGGGGUACGCCACUGAGGCGCUGCGGGCGUUUUUAGGGGCGUAUUGGGCUCGACGAAGAGGUCCCGACGGGACGGACUGCGGGCCCGACGGCGGACGGAGAUCGUCCUCGAGGCCGGAGGACAGCAGUGAGGUAGGAGGAGGAAGAUGGCAUGAACAAGAGGAAGGACGAUUUGGGAACGUGUUGGAGGCGCAUGUCCAUGAUGGAAACGUGGGCAGUGAAACGGUGUUACGGAGGUGUGGGUUUGAGUUUGCGUGGGAGACGGUCACGUCUGCGCAUGGACGGGACGAUGUUAGGUGUAUGGUGUAUCGAAUAGAGCGGCCGAAAUGA